CAUUCUACCAAUACUGAUUUAUUUUUACUUUUUGAUUUUGGGACGAGUAUUUUUAUUUAUCAAACCAUGUUAUUUUAUUUGCACACAAUUUGAAUUAUUGUAUUUCAUAAUGGAUGAGGCUGGAAUCGAGGCAUCUCUGGAGUUAUACAAAACGCAACUGGGCCAGGUUGAAGUUGCUCUGCAAGCUGCUGGUGGGAGCGAAGAUCUUCUCAAAUUGCGUAGCGAUCUACAGGAGCUGAUCAAACUUACAGAAGACAGUCUGCUACAAUUGAGAAAGAGUAACCUACUCUCUAUGCUAGGUGAAGAUUCUCAAUCUUCAAAAAGUAACACAACACAAAAGGGCUCAAGUACCAGUGCCACCCAUUGUAAUGAUUUAGAUGAUGAAUUUGCAGCAUUUCAGGCUGCUAUAAAUGAAGAGGAUUCAAUAUCCCAGAAUACAGCAAAUACCUCACAAGAAUCUUAUCACCCUACCCAUAAUGCAAUAAAUACCUCACAAAAACCAUAUAAGUCUACCCACAAUGCAACAGCAAGCAAAGAUGAUAGUGAUUCUCCUCAAAGAAAUGAUGCAUCAUUGGACAGUUCAUUCUCAGAUUUAUGUGGAACUAGGUGUAGAGUGCCCCACAGUGAGGACUGGGGACCAACAUCAUAUCACAAUGCAGUCAUAUUGAAAGUAGAAUCCAUUGACCAAGAUGACACAAAGAUUCGAGUGUUAUUGUGUAAUCCUACCAAGCAAUCUCUAAAGCCAUGUUCUUAUUUACUUGAUGGGACAUGUAGGUUCUCGGAAGACUCAUGCAGAUAUUCACAUGGUUUUAUUGUAAGUGUUGAUGACUUGGAGGAAUACAAGGAUCCAGACUACAGUCAACUGCAAGAAGGUAGGAGAUGCCUGGCUAAGUAUGAAGAUGACCUCUGGUAUGAGGCAACUGUUGACGAUGUUGGCCAUGAGAACACAUGUGCAGUUAAAUAUAAGUCUUAUGAUGAGGUGGUGGAGCUACCCUUUGAGGACAUACUACCAUUUGAUCAUGGGUCAACAGAGGAAUCAGAUGAGGACAAUUUAGAUACAACAUCAGAGGAGAAUAAAACAUUAGAGGACAAUGAAAUAUCAGACGACUCCUCAGAGGAGGAUGCAGUUCCCAUGGUACUCUGGGAUAAACCUAAGACUCUGCAGUGUAUCGGGGAAUGGGAGACACACACAAAGGGUAUUGCCUCUAAGUUGAUGGCCAAGAUGGGUUUUGUUGUUGGCCAGGGUCUUGGCAAGAAUGGUCGAGGAAGGGCGGAACCAGUCCCGAUACAUGUACUUCCACCUGGUAAAUCCUUGGAUCAGAUCAUGAAGCUUAAGGAAAUUGCUGGAGAGAGAGACCUCAUAGAAGUGAUGAAGAAAGAAAAACGAAAGACAAAGAAGCAGAAAAAACAAAUGGAGACAGGAUACACUGAAAAGAAAGAGAAACAGAAUGUGUUUGAUUUCAUCAAUAAAAAGUUGGGCCAUAAAAAAGCAAAUAUAAACGACUUGGUGAAAGGCCAUAAUCACUUUCUCACCAAAUCGAGACGUGCAGAAAUCUCUGAAAAAGAUUUAAAAAGUAAAACAGAGAAAUCAAUCAAUGUUCAACUCUUGAAAACAAGUGAAGAAUUGAGGAAUACUGAAAAAGAAAUUGUGAGACUGAAACAAGGAUUAAAAAGAAAUGAAGGACGGGAUCCAAAAAUGGCAAGAACUAUCACAGCAAAGCUACAAUCAUUGGAAAAAUACAUGGAACAAUUAAAGACAUCAGAGAAGUCUAUAGAAAAACAUCGAGAAAGUGCAUCAUCCAUGCAUAAGACAACUUCUCCAAAUCUGCAGAAAAAUAUCAAUACAGACAUUUUUCUCAAAUAAAACUGUAAAAAUAGUACUGAAAGUAGUAUAUUGCUUUUAAGUCAAUUUUUGCCUUUUUAAAUUUCCUGGUUAUACCUCUGCUAGCUUAAAAGCAUUGGGCCUUUGAUUUUGAAUAAAAUGUUGUAUGUGAGAAAUAUUUAUAGUUUUUUCAUAAUUAAUCAACAAUAAUUGCAUGAUCUGAAAAGACUUUGCAUUUACCCAUCUACUAUAGCAUAGGUGAGAAAAUAAAAAAUAUAGUACAUGAACCAUAUAAAA